UCCUCACUCUCACACAAACUGCUCGUAGACGCGCACACGCCUUCUAACACAUCAGGCGGCUUAACGGGUGUCAUUGGAGUCAGUUUGCGUCAAACAUCGUGGUGUUGGAGCGUCGCUGUCGUCACAGCCAUGAUCAUCAGCAUCGCUCUCAUAUGGGCAGUGCUCGUGGGCUUCUGCUGCGUCCUUUGGUUGGCUGUCGGGAUACGACGGAGGCAACCGGGGGAGCCGGUGGUUGAAAAUGGAUUCAUACCCUAUCUCGGUUGUGCUCUGCAGUUCGGGGCCAACCCCCUGCAGUUCCUUCGCAGCCGUCAGAAGAAAUACGGCCACAUUUUCACCUGCAAGAUCGCGGGCCAGUACAUUCACUUCCUGUGUGACCCCUUCUCCUACCACUCGGUCAUCAGACAAGGUCGACAUCUAGACUGGAGGAAGUUCCACUUUGCAACAUCAGUGAAGGCAUUCGGCCAUGACAGCUUCGAUCCUCGACAUGGGCACACAACAGAAAAUCUCCACCAAACGUUUCUGAAGACUCUCCAAGGUGAAGCAUUACCCUCCCUGAUUGAAAGCAUGAUGGGCCACCUCCAGGAUGUCAUGUUGAGGUCCAACAUGCUGAGCCCCAGCAAAGAUCACUGGGAAGUGGAUGGUAUUUUUGCCUUCUGUUACAAGGUGAUGUUUGAGUCCGGAUAUCUGACUUUGUUUGGGAAAGAGUUUGGCGAGGAUAAGUGCAAGGCCCGUCAAGCGGCUCAGAAAGCCUUGGUGCUCAACGCACUGGAGAACUUCAAGGAGUUUGACAAGAUCUUCCCAGCAUUGGUGGCUGGCCUUCCUAUCCACGUGUUUAAGAGCGCCUACAGCGCCAGAGAGAACCUGGCAAAGACCAUGCACGCUGAAAACCUGGCAAAGAGGGAGAACGUUUCAGAUCUGAUCUCGAUGAGGAUGAUCCUCAAUGACUCCUUAUCUACCUUCAAUGAUGUCAGCAAGGCCAGGACUCAUGUGGCGCUGCUCUGGGCGUCGCAGGCUAACACUUUGCCUGCGACCUUUUGGAGUCUUUUCUACUUGAUAAGAAGUCCAGAUGCUAUGAAAGCAGCUCGUGAGGAGGUGCAAAAAGUGCUGACCAUCAACCCCGGUGAGCCGAAGCUCAACCUGACCAGGGACCAGCUGGACCGUAUGCCAGUUUUGGACAGCAUCAUCAAGGAGGCUAUGCGUCUCUCCAGUGCUUCCCUGAACGUUCGUGUCGCCAAAGAAGACUUUUUACUUCACCUGGACAAUCAGGAGGCUUACCAUAUAAGGAAAGAUGAUGUCAUAGCCCUGUACCCACCAAUGCUGCACUACGAUCCGGAGAUUUAUGAAGACCCUUAUGAAUAUAAGUAUGACCGUUUUCUCGAUGAAAACGGUCAGGAGAAAAUCACCUUCCAUCGUAACGGCCGCCGACUGCGUUACUUCUGCAUGCCUUUUGGCUCCGGCGUCACCAAAUGUCCCGGCAGAUUUUUUGCCAUGUAUGAAAUAAAACAGUUCUUGACCUUGGUGCUGGCUUACUUCGAAAUGGAACUUCUCGACCCCGCCAUCAAAGUCCCGCCCCUUGACCAGUCACGCGCUGGCUUAGGAAUCCUUCAGCCGACUUACGAUGUUGAUUUUCGGUACAAGUUGAAAUCCAACCUCUCGUGUUUCUCUUGAGGAUAAGAGCUAGAAAUUUUGUGUAUGUUCACGUUGGCCCCCGUGGAGACAAAUUGCAAAGAAAACGAAACUCUGAUGAUCCAAUGGUCUUGAAAAGACACUUCGCCAAGAUACUGGAGUCGGUCAAACCAGACCCAGGACUGGUGGUGGACACCUCAGUCCAGAGUGAAGGACUCAAGGAAGGGAAGACCUUAAAGUUGUGUGCAUGUGUAAAUAGAUUUAAAUGUAUUCUUUUAAUGUAUAUUGUAAAUUUGGGUGACCAAAGGUUCUCUUUUCCCAGGACGUGGUGUUUAUUGUUGGGGGGGGUUGUCGGAAAGUGAUGGCAAUGUCUGGAUUUUCAUUGUUUGUCAUU